AACUCUUUUGAACGGCGCCGAGAAAAACCCUACAACUCCUUACUUACGUUGGUGGUGCUGCGUUUGUUUCUGUGAAAAAAAGAUGGUCAGGGUUAGUGUUUUGAACGAUGCUCUCAAGAGUAUGUACAACGCCGAGAAGCGUGGCAAGCGCCAAGUAAUGAUCAGGCCAUCAUCGAAGGUUAUUAUCAAGUUUCUUAUUGUGAUGCAGAAGCAUGGUUACAUUGGAGAAUUUGAAUAUGUUGAUGACCACAGAUCUGGUAAGAUUGUGGUUGAACUCAAUGGAAGGCUGAAUAAAUGUGGUGUUAUCAGCCCUCGUUUUGACGUCGGUGUCAAGGAGAUUGAAGGAUGGACUGCUAGGUUGCUUCCUUCUAGACAGUUUGGAUACAUUGUGCUGACUACUUCUGCUGGAAUUAUGGACCAUGAAGAGGCUAGGAGGAAGAAUGUUGGUGGGAAAGUUCUGGGUUUCUUCUAUUAGUCAUUUUAGUUGUUUUGGCUUUCUUUAUCAGCUUUUGUAAUUUUAAUUUGUUGACUUUAAAAUUCCAGUUUUAAAUCCUUAUUGGUGAGAAUUCACAUUGUUCUUAAUUUUGAUAUGAAUCCUUCAUUUUGUGUUUAUUUGCUUGAUGGCUGUCUAAAACUCUAAAUAUUUAUAUAUUUUUAAUUAUCUGAAUUUUGAUUC